AGUACCGAAGUCUUCAGUUACUGACCAUCCUGCAGAGAAAGAAGAAAGAAAAGAUCUCGUUUGAAGGAGAGUCGAUACGCACGCGGUAUACCCUGUGACAUGAAUGGGUAAGAACGGUGUACUAGUAUUAGUGUUUCCGUUAUGUGUUACUUGACGUGAAUUGUAUAUUCCGAGAUUCCUUAUUGUGCGAAUAACUUAAGAUUCUUUUACAUGUGCACUUCUUAAUAUGUGUCGUUGCCUGGUGUUUUGACGCUGAUGAUAAUACCAUUUUUGGACAACAAAGCCACGAGAUAUGAUGCGGUGCCUUGCACGCUAUCUCAGGCGACUCAGUUCAGUGCCUUCACCAUGCAUAUUCUUUUGUCUCAUUCUGAUAAUGAGUGUAUCACAUAGCGCCAGCGAUAUAUGGCCACUGGACAGGCCAGAAGGCAUGCCAGCCAUUCAGUCCCUGGAGGUGAUGUGCGGAAAGGAUCACAUGGACGUUCACCUAACGUUUUCCCAGCCCUUCGAGGGCAUCGUGUCGUCGAAGGGUCAGCACGGUGACCCUCGGUGUGUCUACGUUCCUCCGGCUACGGGACAAACAUUCUUCUCGUUUCGCAUAGCGUACGCAAGGUGUGGAACUAAGCCCGAUCUGCACGGGCAGUUUUAUGAGAAUACCGUAGUGGUGCAGUACGAUAAAGAUCUGCUGGAAGUGUGGGACGAGGCCAAAAGGCUAAGGUGCGAGUGGUUCAAUGAUUAUGAGAAGACUGCUUCGAAACCCCCUAUGGUCAUCGCUGACCUCGAUGUUAUUCAGCUCGAUUUCCGUGGUGAUAACGUAGAUUGCUGGAUGGAAAUCCAACAUGGUAAAGGACCUUGGGCUCCACCGGUUAGUGGAAUCGUACCUCUUGGUUCUACGUUAACUCUAGUUGUUGCAAUAAAUGACUAUCGAGGAGAAUUCGACAUGAGAGUGAAAUCCUGUGUAGCUUCCGACGGUACUGGCCACGUGAUUCAAUUAUCGGACGAAUUUGGUUGCGUUCUGAGGCCGAAAAUGAUCAGCAGGUUCCUGAAGGCUCGAGGUGCCGACGAACGAGCGUCGGUUAUUACGUAUGCAUUCUUCCAUGCGUUUAAGUUUCCUGAUGCUCUUAGUGUUCACAUUAAAUGCAAGGUGGAGAUAUGUAGGCAUGGAUGUCUGGACCAUUGCCAAUUGCAGCCCGAGGGUGCUGGUGAUAUUCAUGCAGAUUUAUCGCAUUAUGUUAAUCAUUUGGAAAGAAAGGACGAUGGAUUGUCUUCGGAAGAAAAACUCUCAGACCCUCCUCACCAGAACGUCGACGACGAGGACUUACUCUAUGAGGAAGUCCUCAUGAAGGACGACGCCGGCUCCUCGUCGGACGGGAAGGUAGCUGGUGCAGUGAAGUUGUCGCUGAGCGGUAGUCAUCUAGGAAAUAACAGAAUACAGUCCAAGAAGAAGCCGGAUGAAGCAGUAGAUUCGAGCGAGGAGACAGAACCUGAUCUAACGGGAAUGUCGGAUAAGGAAGUAUUUCCAUUACCUGCAAAGGACAAAUUCCCACACGGUCCAAGAAAUAUCAACGAACCUUCAUUUGGACCUAGAAGUCUGGAUACUGACCUGUUUCCUGAUGAAAUGUUAUCAAGACAGCAGGAAACAUUAGAUACAUCCAGCGAUAACGAAUUCUCCACCAGAGAUAAAUCUCAGUCUCUAGAAGGAAGAAGGAAAAGAUCUGUUAUCGUGUCGGACAGGAAAGCUCGAAGUACAGAUGUAGGCGUAAGCAGCCUCUACGAAGUAAUUUCCGAGGCUGAUCUGGCGUUUAGUCCAGAUAGCCGGGCCGAGGCCGUAACAGUGUUCCAAGGACGCAUCCGAGAGGAAGUCGUUUACGGAAUUUGCAUGCCAGUUCCUGGAUUCAGCCUCCUUUUCGUGCUGGUGGCUCUAUCCGCGGUGAUAUCCGCGCUCGUCGCUGGAUCGCUUCUUUAUAGGUAUCAACUCCAAAAAGAACAUCUAGCAGAACAAGCCCAAGGUCAAAAUGGUUCGAUUCCAAUGAGCACUUUCUCCAACUGGAUGGGGCUGAGGUUGCUGAGAGCCAAAUGCACCAGUAGUUCCUCCAGGCGGACGACGAAGCAAAACGGCGAAGUUGAUAGUUCUAUGGUAAUGAAUGGUAAAUCUACUGUUCACUGAAGUGGUGUGAAGAUGGUAGAAAAAAUGGCUCAAAAAUUUAAGUAUAAACAAUAUGCAUGAAGCCAGUGGCGAAGUUUGAUAUCUCUUUGUGGUAAAGGCUGUACAGAAUAGUUUAGUGGUUUAGUGACAGUUGUGUUAUCAACAGGACGACCUAUACUGUACAUUAAAAGAAAUGGAAGGGAGUUAAACUGUAUCUUGCAUUGAAGUAAAUCUGCAUCUUCAACAUUAGGAAUGUUAAUUUUGUAUAUCUUCAAAUAAGUCAGAUGUCCAACUUUUUCAUAGGUUUCAUCAAAAAAUAUGUGUAAUUGGUUCGUUUUAUUUUAUAAAGAUGAAGAAUAUCUUGUAGCAACUGAUUCACCACUGAUGUGUUAAUCAAAAAAUGUACUUAUUGUUGGAAUAUACAAAAAUAUUCUACACGGCCUUCUCACAGGAAUGUAUGGUGAAUCUGUAGCUAUUUCUAUCUUCUCUUUCUAUUGACAUUUUAAAAUAAAAUUAACCAAACUUAUGCCAAUAGAGGGAUAUUAGCAUUAUGUCGUAUAUGAAACUUAAAAAAGUUCCUUAAUUUCUUUGUUCCUUUAACAAUAAAGAACAAUUCAUAAGUUUUUGGAAUUUUUUUGAACAAACUUAGAAUAUUUUAGGCAAUAAGUAUUUAAUAUUCUUUUGUAAAUGGUAUUAUAAGAAUAAUUUAUGGAAUUAGUUAUAGAGAAUAUGAUAUUGUUAUAUAUUUGGGUAAUAAAUACAAACUGCUGAAACAAUUAUAUAGGAGAAAGAAAUAUAAAAAAAUAUGUAGCGGAAUAUUGAAGCUUAUGUCUGUAUUUAUUUUACAGUUCCUUGAAAUUUGUAAAAAGGUGUCAACUCGUAAAUGAAAAACAAUUCAGAAUUAGUAGGAAUUAGUAAAAAUAUUCCAACAAUAAAACAGUAUAGAUUUAGGUCUCGUUACUUUUAAAAGUUUUGGAUAAUGUUAUAUCAAAAAAUUUGUAAUAUAGGUUGGCUAUUGACUGUGCAAUUAAACUGGAGAAUAAAAAUUUUUUUUAAUGUAGUAAUAUAAUUAUUCUUAAGAGGAAACAGUAGCGAUCAACAGGUAGCAAAAACGCGUUCCAAGAUUGCGGUUGUAAUUUUGAAUAUUUUUUCGAGAUAUUUGGCACACGUAUUCGUAAUAUAAUAAAGAAUGGCGGUACAGAGCCCAAUUUGAAAAAUAUAUUAAUAUGUGGAAAUUACUCUGUAAUUAAAUACAAUAUUAAAAAAACGAGCCUGUACCGCCAUUAAGAAGAACAAAAAAAUACACUUUCUUCAAAUAAACUUUUUUAUCCGAUGCCUAGAUUUUGUGUCAUUUUGGAACUACCAAUGAAAUAAAAAAUUUUAGUAGUUCCAAAAUGACACAAAAUGUAGGCAUCGGAUAAAAAAGUUUAUUUAAAGAAAGUGUAUUUUUUUGUUCUUCUUAAUGGCGGUACAGGCUCGUUUUUUUAAUAUUGUAUUUAAUUACAGAGUAAUUUCCACAUAUUAAUAUAUUUUUCAAAUUGGGCUCUGUACCACCAUUCUUUAUUAUAUUACGAAUACGUGUGCCAAAUAUCUCGAAAAAAUAUUCAAAAUUACAGCCGCAAUCUUGGAACGCGUUUUCGCUACCUGUUGAUCGCUACAGUUUCACCUUAAUGAAUUGUUGGUUAGAUUAGUUAAAGUUGGGUUUUAUUUUUUUAAUACUCAACUUUUGAGCCCCAUCUAAUUCUACACUUUAUGACAAAGUCAUUGCUUCUAAGUCGUUUUCUUCUUUAAGCGCUAUAUUAGGUCGUCCCAAUGUUGGAAAUUACAUUGGCGAGUUGCUGACGGUAUUCAGCUAUACUCUGGGCUAAUUAGCAAAAUACAAGGAAAAGUUAUUUACCAGCAAUUUUAUUGCUGGAAUCGAAUCGUAUUAUUCUAUAUAUUAAUUAUAUAGGUCCGCAAAGUCCGCAGAUGGUGUGCUACUUUUUUUAUAAACAAAAUGGCGCCCGAAAAUCGUGUUCUUUUUCAAUUUUUGCUCUAUAACUCAAAAGAUUUGAACUUUACACCAAAAUCAACUAAAUAAAAAUUCACCGCAAUUAAAUUCUGCAUAGAAACGUGUUUUUCCCGAUUUACUUCGAAGAAAAUUUUCCCCAGAAAAUGAGGGUUUUUCUAACAAAAUCUCUAAUUUUUAACUAAAAUUUUAGAUAAGUAAUUGUUUAUCAAUAAUUAAAUAACUUGGUAAUGUAAAACCUCUUUUCGCAUAGAUUAUAAUUCCAGAAGCCGAUGAAAAUUGAAUGAACACUUUAGCAACAAUUGAAUUGUGAACUAAAAAAAUUAUUGUCGCUAUAAUAACCACAAUAAUUAUGAUACAUAAGAAUAACUAUGAUUUUUGUAUAAAAAGACACUGUACCUAUUUAAUGUAGUUCACAGAAUUGAAUUUGGAUUAUUUAAACGGCCCAGGAAUAUUUUAAAAUUAUAAACAAUUUUUUGGCUUAUAAACAAAUAGAUUAUCUUGGGAAAUAUUAAAUUAAUUUAAAUCAUGAAAACGGUAUUGGAAAAAAAGCGGCAAAAAGUUCUCAAAAAGUGCUCUUUUAAAAGCAAAAACGUUUAAUUGUGAUAAGUGGUUCCUGAGAUACAACCCGUCAAAGUAGACCGGCAUUUACGGCAAAUGUAUAAACAAUAGGAUCGUAAUUUUCGAACCAUCACCUUUUUACUUUGUCCUCUUUCUCUACACCAGUUUUCAUAUCUUUGAAAUACUUAUAACAUAUAUUAUUAUGAUAAAUACUAUCGAUAUAUACGAGUGAAAAUUGCCAAUAAUAGCAAAAUUCCAAACAAAAAUUAGGUUGGAGAAAAUGUAAUCUCAAAGUUCAAAAUCGGUACCUAUACGUUAAAAAAAUGCGUUUUCUCGGCUUCCCAUGGAGCAAUUUCCUUCAUUCUUUUUUUGUUCCAGAGUAACUCGAGUAGAGCCAUCUAACUGACGCAUUAUUAAAUGUCAAACUUGCUUUUGUUUUGUUAUAAUAUAUUAAUUUAUUUAUAAGAAAAGAAAACUACAUAUUUUUCCAGUUGUGGACUUUUUUUAGAUAAACUUACUACAAGUGUACAUUUUAACGUUAAAAACACAAAUAUUCUCAUUUGAAAGCUGCAUCAUUAUUUAAAAAAAUUUUAUUUAAACAAAUUAAAAAUUUUUGUUAUAAUAAAUAAAUUAAUUUAUUAUAACAAAACAAAAGCAACUUUGACAUUUAAUAAUGCGUUAGUUAGAUGGCUCCACUCGAGUUACUUGGGAACAAAAAAUAAUAAAGAAAAUUGCUCUAUGGGAAGCCGAGAAAAUGCAUUUUUUUAACGUAUACCGAUUUUAAACUUUGAGAUUACAUUUUCUCCAACCUAAUUUUUGAUUGGAACUUUACUAUUUUUGGCAAUUUUCACUCGUAAUGUCGAUAGGUUUUACUAUAAUAUUAUAUGUUAUGAGUAUUUUAAAGAUAUGAAAAUUAGUGUAGAGAAAGAGGACAAAAACAAAAAGGUGACGGUUUGAAAAUUAUGAACAUAUUGUUUAUAUCUUUGCCGUAAAUGCCGAUCAAAUUUGACCGACUGUAUCUCAGGAACCACUUAUCACAAUUAAGCGUUUUUGCUUUUAAAGAAGCGCCCUGUCGCUUUUUUCCAAUACCGUUUUCAUGAUUUAAUUUAAUUUAAUAUUUCCCGAGAUAUUCUAUUUGUUUAUAAGCCAAAAAAUUGUUUAUAACUUUAAAUAUUCCUGAGGCCGUUUAAAUACUAGAUUAGAUAGGUACAGUGUCUUUUUAUACAAAAAUCGUAGAUAUUCUUAUGUAUCAUAAUUAUUGUGGUUAUUAUAGCGGCCGUAAAUUUUUAAUUAAAUUCAAUUGUUGCUAAAAUGUUCAUUAAAUUUCCAUCGGCUUCUGGAAUUAUAAUCUAUGCGAAAGGGGCUUUUAUAUUACCAAGUUAUUUAAUUAUUGAUUAACAAUUACUUAUCUAAAAUUUUAGUUGAAAAUUAAAGAUUUUGUUGGAAAAACCCGCAUUUUCCGGGGAAACCUUUCGUCGAAGUAAAUAGGGAAAACACGUUUCUAUGCAGAAUUUAAUUGCGGUAAAUUUUUAUUUAAGUGUUUUUGGUGUAAACUUAAAAUCUUUGGAGUUAUAGAGCAAAAACUGAAAAAACACGAUUUUCGGGCGCCAUUUUGUUUAUAAAAAAAGUAGCACACCAUCUGCGGACUUUGCAUACCUAUAUUAUUAAUGUAUAGAAUCAUAAGAUUCGAUUCCAGCAAUAAAAUUGCUGGUAAAUAACUUUUCCCAAAAAUGGCCUAUUCACCGAAAAUCUGCCCAGACUAUUAUUCCUCUGCGGUAAUCGAUUUACCUAUACCUGUCAUGAUAAGAUGAAGGAUGCUGUACCAGUUUCUUCUAAGAGCACGCCCUGGAUAUGAAAUUUUUCUUUAGUUUAAUAUUUUUCAGUAACUCUCUGAUGACAUUUGCUCUAUUUAACACUGCUCUAUUUAAAUUUAUUUGCUCUGUCUAGGGUAUUCGGAACAUGUUUCUAUGCAACCAUAUCUCAAACGCCUAUACGAUUAUAAUCGUAUCAGCUUUCAAAAUCCAGAUCUCAGUGUUAUGUAACAACACUGACCAAAUAUAGAAUUUGUUCAUUCUUUGACGUAAUUUUAAGUUUAAGCUAUGGUUACAGAAAAAUGAUUUAAUUUUUAGAAACGUUGUGUGAGUUGCUUCAAUUUUGCAUUUGAUCUCUCUAGUUGAUUUGUAAUGUAACAUUCCAGAUAUUAAGAGUGAGCAACUCUUUCAAUGCUUUGUUAGUCUAUCUGUGGAAAGCAUUAUUGUAGGUUUGGCGACUAAAUAUCAUAAAUUUUGUAGUAGUGGGAUAUAUUUUAGAUCCAUUUCUCUUCCUUUUUUGUUUGCGCAAUCUCCUGAAAGCUCUGGAAACUGUGGCAUGAAGUAACAGUGUCGUCAGCGUGUCUGAGGUUACUGUGACUCAGCUUACCAUUGAUUUUCACUCAAAAGUCAUUACCUUGCAAAGAAAUAUAACAGUAGAAAUAAAAUGCAUUCCUGUCUGACACCUCAGUAAAUAUAGUAGGUACCUACUGAAUGUAAAAUUCGUCGGUUAAUUUCCCAUCGACUUAUACGAGUGCUUUCUAAUUCCAAUACAAGCUUUAUGAUACGUAGGUCCCUACUAUCACUGCCUUCUUAAUACGUUCAAAAGCGUUCCAUGCUGUACCCUAUCAAAAGGGGUUUAGUAAUCGAUGAAAGUCACAUAAAAUAUUAACGUUGGUAGGGACAUUUUUGAAGAAAUAUAAUUAAACCAAAAAGUGCCUCACGUGUAUCCAGCACAUUUUUAAUCCAAUCUGGAUUUCAUUUAGGUCUCUUCCGCUAGGACUUCUUAUUCUUCUAUUCUAUGCGAAUAAAAAGUUUCAAUGUGUGGCUCAUCAGGUAAUUAACGUAUAAUUAUCGCAUCUUUUUGUCCGCUGCUUCUACGGAAUUGCUAUAAAACACACUUAACACUAGAAAGUCUGGCUUAGCAUACCUACCUAGAAAGCCCGAAGGCAUCAUUUUGGAUCCACGUUCUUUAAUCAAUUAAAACUCAGUUUAAAGAAAUUAAAUCUACUGUAGACGGUAUAAUCUGAUUUUAUUUUUUACUUUCAUUGAGUAACACAUUCGCUGCCUAUCAAAAACAUUCGGAACACCAUUAGUCGAGGAAAUGAAGCAUUUUGGCUCGCAAUUUUUUCGUCCAGCAUGGAUUUACUUUAAAUUUUCACAGAAGGUAGGGAAUAGUCCAAGGAUCAUUUUCUAUAUCAUGCCGCUGUACGCUAAAACCUUGGGGGUGGUUGCCACCCCAUCUCGGGGGUGGAAAUUUUUUAUUAUAUUUUAACCAUGUAAAUCGAUGUAGAGAGUGAUUCUAAGAAAAAAAUGUUUUUUACAUUUUCUUCGUAAAACUAAUAUUUUUCGAGUUAUUCGCGCUUAAAUGUAACAGUUUUUCGUCGAAAAAAUCGACUCUUUUAGAGGGUUUUUUGAGAAUACCUCGAAAAAUACGCAUUUAAUCAAAAAAACUUCAAAUAACAAAAUUGUAUCUUUUAGUAACAUAAACUAAAUUCUUUUUCUGCAAUAUCUUUAAGACCAAUAUAAACCGAGAUACGGCAUGUUAAAUAUCAGCUUUUCUCGUCAAAUUCAUAAUUUAAAAUAUUUAAAGCCAAAUAACGGGAAAACUUUGCAUUUUUCGAGGAAAACUAAAAUAAUCUUUUUUCAACUAUAAAAUAAAUCCCUUCAAAGAAUAAAAAUAAAAAAAUUCUAUCGUGAAAAUAGAACGACUUAUGAUCAAAAAAAGGUCGGUACCUGCUUUUUUUCUACGAAAAAAUCAGUGAAAAUAAUCCCCUAACUACCCUCCUAAUUAUAAAUUGGUUUUCACCUUUCUGUAGUUCCUUGUAUAUUUGUAUUGUCAAUACACCCAAGAAGUUUGACCUAUUUAAAUGGCCUAAUUUUCGAAAAAUUGGAGUUUAAAGAAAAAUUGAUUUUUUGCAAUUUUGUAUUUUUUACCUUUUACUUCAAAAUCUCUCCGAAAAUACUGGAGAUAUGAAAAAAGUGAUAAACAACUGAAUUGUAGCUUUUUUAAUGAUUAAAAUUAUAUUGUUCAUAGAUUUCCCUUAGAGUGAAGAGAUAGCGAGAUAUAGCUGUUUAAAACCUCUAUUUACGAGCAAACACCCCCUUAUUCGAGCUCUGUAAACCCACUCCAAUUAAAAACUAAGGAAUCUAA